GCGUCGCUGUCGCCAUCGUCACCGAGCUCGCCCGGAGCUGGGGCGGGGGCAGCGCGACGGGCCCGGCGGGCCGCGGGCGGCAGCACGAGCCCGCAGUUCCCAUUGCCCAGCUACCAGGUGUCGGUGCCGGAGAACGAGCCGGCGGGCACUGCCGUCAUCGAACUGCGCGCGCACGACCCCGACGAGGGCGAGGCCGGGCACCUGAGCUACCAGAUGGAGGCGCUGUUCGAUGAGCGCUCCAACGGCUACUUCCUUAUCGACUCCAGCACGGGCGCCGUGAGCACGGCCCGCGCGCUGGACCGCGAGACCAAGGACACGCACGUCCUCAAGGUCAGCGCUGUGGACCACGGCUCGCCGCGGCGCUCGGCCGCCACCUACCUCACCGUCACGGUCAGCGACACCAACGACCACAGCCCGGUCUUUGAGCAGUCCGAGUACCGCAAGCGCGUGCGUGAGAAUCUCGAGGUGGGCUACGAGGUGCUGACCAUCCGCGCCACCGACGGCGACGCGCCCUCUAAUGCCAACAUGCGCUACCGCCUGCUGGAGGGGGCAGGCGGUGUCUUCGAGAUCGACGCGCGCUCGGGCGUGGUGCGCAUGAGGGCGGUGGUGGAUCGCGAGGAGGCGUCCGAGUACCAGCUGCUUGUGGAGGCCAACGACCAGGGCCGCAACCCGGGCCCGCUCAGCGCCACGGCCACCGUGCACAUCGUGGUGGAGGACGAGAACGACAACUACCCCCAGUUCAGUGAGAAGCGCUAUGUGGUCCAGGUGCCCGAGGAUGUGGCGGUCAACACAGCCGUGCUGCGCGUGCAGGCCACGGACCGGGACCAGGGCCAGAACGCGGCCAUUCACUACAGCAUCGUCAGUGGGAACCUGAAGGGACAGUUCUACCUGCAUUCGCUGAGCGGGAGCCUGGAUGUGAUCAACCCGCUGGACUUCGAGGCCAUUCGCGAGUACACACUUCGCAUCAAGGCGCAGGACGGGGGCCGGCCCCCACUCAUCAAUUCCUCUGGGCUGGUCUCUGUGCAGGUGCUGGAUGUGAACGACAAUGCGCCCAUCUUUGUGAGCAGCCCCUUCCAGGCUGCUGUGCUGGAGAAUGUGCCUCUGGGCCACUCGGUGCUGCACAUUCAGGCAGUGGACGCAGAUGCAGGGGAGAACGCUCGUCUUCGCUACCGCCUGGUGGACACGGCCUCAGCUGCUUUGGGGGGCAUUGGUGCUGGGCCUGAGGACCCGGCCUCUAUCCCGGACUUCCCCUUCCAGAUCCACAACAGCUCAGGCUGGAUCACAGUAUGUGCGGAGCUGGACCGUGAGGAGGUGGAGCACUACAGCUUCGGGGUAGAGGCAGUAGACCACGGCUCGCCACCCAUGAGCUCCUCAGCCAGCGUGUCCAUCACGGUGCUGGACGUCAAUGACAACGACCCAUUGUUCACGCAGCCUACCUAUGAGCUUCGGCUGAACGAGGAUGCGGCUGUGGGGAGCAGCGUGCUGACCCUGCAGGCCCGGGACCGUGACGCCAACAGCGUGAUCACCUACCAGCUCACGGGCGGUAACACCCGGAACCGUUUUGCACUCAGCAGCCAGAGCGGGGGUGGCCUCAUCACUCUGGCGCUGCCACUGGACUACAAGCAGGAGCGGCAGUACGUGCUGGCGGUGACCGCAUCCGAUGGCACUCGUUCACACACCGCGCAGGUCUUCAUCAAUGUCACCGACGCCAACACCCACCGGCCAGUCUUCCAGAGCUCCCACUACACGGUGAGCGUCAGCGAGGACCGGCCUGUGGGCACCUCCAUCGCCACCAUCGGCGCCACCGAUGAGGACACGGGAGAGAAUGCCCGCAUCACCUACGUCCUGGAGGACCCCGUGCCACAGUUCCGCAUUGACCCGGACACAGGCACCAUCUACACCACGACAGAGCUGGACUAUGAGGACCAAGCUGCCUACACAUUGGCCGUUACAGCUCAGGACAAUGGCAUUCCUCAGAAGUCAGACACCACCUCCCUGGAGAUUCUCAUCCUUGAUGCCAAUGACAAUGCCCCCCGGUUUCUGCGGGAUUUCUACCAGGGCUCCGUCUUUGAGGAUGCUCCACGGUCAACUAGCGUCCUCCAGGUCUCUGCCACGGACCGGGACUCGGGCCCCAAUGGCCGUCUGCUGUAUACCUUCCAGGGUGGGGAUGAUGGUGAUGGGGACUUCUACAUCGAGUCCACGUCUGGAGUGAUACGCACCCAACACCGGUUGGACCGGGAGAAUGUGGCUGUUUACAACCUUCGGGCUCUAGCUGUGGACCGGGGCAGCCCGGCUCCCCUUAGUGCCUCGGUGGAAAUCCAGGUGACCAUCUUGGACAUUAAUGACAACCCCCCUGUGUUUGAGAGGGAUGAGCUGGAGCUGUUUGUGGAGGAGAACAGCCCUGUGGGGUCGGUGGUGGCGAGGAUUCGUGCCAAUGACCCUGACGAAGGCCCCAAUGCCCAGAUCAUGUAUCAGAUUGUGGAGGGCAACGUGCCAGAGGUCUUCCAGCUGGACUUGUUGAGUGGGGACCUGCGUGCCCUGGUCGAGCUGGACUUUGAGGUCCAGCGGGAAUACGUGCUGGUGGUGCAGGCCACGUCGGCUCCACUGGUGAGCCGGGCCACGGUGCACAUCCGCCUUCUGGACCAGAAUGACAACCCCCCGGUGCUGCCCGACUUUCAGAUCCUCUUUAACAACUAUGUCACCAAUAAGUCCAACAGCUUCCCCACCGGCGUAAUCGGUCGCAUCCCGGCCCACGACCCCGACCUGUCCGACAGCCUCAACUACACCUUUCUGCAGGGCAAUGAGUUGCGCCUGCUGCUGCUGGACCCGGCCACAGGCGAGCUACAGCUCAGCCGAGACUUGGACAACAACCGGCCUCUGGAGGCGCUCAUGGAGGUGUCUGUGUCUGAUGGCAUCCACAGCGUCACAGCCCUCUGCACCUUGCGGGUCACCAUCAUCACAGAUGACAUGCUAACUAACAGCAUCACCGUUCGCCUGGAGAACAUGUCCCAGGAGAAGUUCUUGUCCCCACUGCUGUCCCUCUUCGUGGAGGGAGUGGCCACGGUGCUGUCCACCACCAAGGACGACGUUUUUGUCUUCAACAUCCAGAACGACACGGAUGUCAGCUCCAACAUCCUGAAUGUGACCUUCUCGGCGCUGCUCCCCGGAGGCGUCCGCGGCCAGUUCUUCCCAUCAGAGGACCUGCAGGAGCAGAUCUACCUGAACCGGACGCUGCUGACCACCAUCUCUACGCAGCGCGUGCUGCCCUUCGACGACAACAUCUGCUUGCGUGAGCCCUGCGAGAACUACAUGAAGUGCGUCUCCGUGCUGCGCUUCGACAGCUCGGCACCUUUCCUCAGCUCCACCACGGUGCUUUUCCGGCCCAUCCACCCCAUCAACGGCCUGCGCUGCCGGUGCCCUCCCGGCUUCACCGGCGACUACUGUGAGACCGAGAUCGACCUCUGCUAUUCCAGCCCCUGUGGCACCAAUGGCCGCUGCCGAAGCCGUGAGGGAGGCUACACCUGCGAGUGCUUUGAGGACUUUACCGGAGAGCACUGUGAGGUGAAUGCCCGCUCGGGCCGCUGUGCCAACGGGGUGUGCAAGAACGGGGGCACCUGCGUGAAUCUGCUCAUCGGUGGCUUUCACUGCGUGUGUCCUCCUGGCGAGUUUGAGAGGCCCUACUGCGAGGUCACCACCAGGAGCUUCCCACCCCAGUCCUUCGUCACCUUCCGAGGCCUGAGACAGCGCUUUCACUUUACCAUCUCCCUCACGUUUGCCACCCAAGAAAGAAAUGCCCUGCUGCUCUACAACGGCCGCUUCAACGAGAAGCAUGACUUCAUUGCCCUGGAGAUCGUGGACGAGCAGGUGCAGCUCACCUUCUCUGCAGGUGAGACCACGACGACCGUGGCGCCACAGGUUCCUGGAGGUGUGAGUGACGGACGGUGGCACUCAGUGCAGGUGCAGUACUACAACAAGCCCAACAUUGGCCGCCUGGGCCUGCCCCAUGGGCCAUCUGGGGAGAAGGUGGCUGUCGUGACAGUGGAUGACUGUGAUACAACCAUGGCUGUGCGCUUUGGAAGCUAUAUUGGGAACUACAGCUGCGCUGCCCAGGGCACUCAGAGUGGCUCCAAGAAGUCCCUGGAUCUGACGGGCCCUCUGCUCCUGGGAGGUGUCCCCAACCUGCCGGAAGACUUUCCAGUGCACAACCGGCAGUUUGUGGGCUGCAUGCGGAACCUGUCAGUCGAUGGCAAAAAUGUGGACAUGGCUGGAUUCAUCGCCAACAAUGGCACCAGGGCAGGCUGUGCUGCUCAGAGGAACUUCUGCGAUGGGAUAUGGUGUCAGAAUGGGGGCACCUGCGUGAACAGGUGGAACACGUAUCUGUGUGAGUGCCCACUCCGAUUUGGCGGGAAGAACUGUGAGCAAGCCAUGCCCCACCCCCAGCGCUUUAGCGGUGAGAGUGUCGUGUCCUGGAGCGACCUGGACAUCACCAUCUCUGUGCCCUGGUACCUGGGGCUCAUGUUCCGGACCCGGAAGGAGGAUGGCGUGCUGAUGGAGGCCACUGCCGGGCUGUCCUCCAGGCUCCAUCUCCAGAUCCUGAACAACUACGUCCAGUUUGAGGUGUCCCAUGGCCCCUCUGAAGUGGCAUCCAUGAGGCUGUCCAGGUUGCGGGUGACUGACGGGCAGUGGCACCACCUGCUGAUAGAACUGAAGAGUGCCAAGGAGGGCAAGGACAUCAAGUACCUGGCGGUCAUGACCUUGGACUAUGGGAUGGACCAGAACACAGUGCAGAUCGGGAACCAGCUCCCCGGGCUGAAGAUGAGAAGCAUUGUUGUCGGGGGCAUGUCUGAAGACAAAGUCUCUGUGCGCCACGGGUUCCGGGGCUGCAUGCAGGGAGUGAGGAUGGGGGAAACGUCUACCAACAUCGCCACCCUGAACAUGAAUGAUGCCCUCAAGGUCAGGGUGAAGGAUGGCUGUGAUGUAGAAGACCCCUGUGCCUCGAACCCCUGCCCUCAGCACAGCCACUGCCAUGACACCUGGGACAGCUAUUCUUGCAUCUGUCACAAAGGGUACUUUGGAAGAAAGUGUGUGGAUGCCUGUCUCCUGAACCCCUGUGAGCACGUGGCGACCUGCGUGCGCUCCCCCACCUCCCUACGGGGUUACGCAUGCAUGUGCGGGGCCAGCCACUAUGGACAGUACUGCGAGAACAAAAUUGACCUUCCGUGCCCCAAAGGCUGGUGGGGAAACCCUGUGUGCGGACCCUGCCACUGUGCUGUUGGCAAAGGCUUCGAUCCUGAUUGUAAUAAGACCAAUGGCCAGUGCCAGUGCAAGGAGAAUUACUACAAGCCCCCGGCCCAGGACUCCUGCCUGCCCUGCAACUGCUUCCCUCAUGGCUCCCACAGUCGCACUUGUGACAUGGACACCGGACAGUGCACCUGCAAGCCCGGUGUCAUUGGCCGCCAGUGCAACCGCUGUGACAACCCUUUUGCUGAGGUCACCACUCUUGGCUGCGAAGUGAUCUACAAUGGGUGUCCCAGAGCAUUCGAGGCCGGCAUCUGGUGGCCGCAGACCAAGUUCGGACAGCCAGCGGCAGUGCCAUGCCCCAAGGGAUCCAUGGGAAAUGCCAUUCGACACUGCAGUGGGGAGAAGGGUUGGCUGCCCCCAGAGCUCUUUAACUGCACCACUGUCUCCUUCAUGGACCUCAGAGUGGUGAAUGAGAAGCUGAGCCGUAACGAGACUCAGGUGGAUGGCGACGGGGCCUUGCGGCUGGUGCGGGCUCUGCGCAACGCCACACGGCACACAGAUGCGCUCUUCGGCAAUGACGUGCGCACGGCCUACCAGCUGCUGGGCCACAUCCUGCAGCAUGAGAGCCGCCAGCAGGGCUUCGACCUGGCGGCCACACGGGACGCCGACUUCCAUGAGGAUGUCGUCCACUCGGGCAGCGCCCUCCUGGCCCCGGCUACCAGGGCCUCAUGGGAGCAGAUCCAGCGGAGUGAGGGUGGGGCGGCACAGCUGCUGAGGCGCUUCGAGGCUUACUUCAGCAACGUGGCACGCAACGUGCGGAGGACGUACCUGCGGCCCUUUGUCAUCGUCACCACCAACAUGAUUCUAGCUGUCGACGUCUUUGACAAGUUCAACUUCACGGGAGCCAGCGUGCCACGGUUUGAGGACAUUCACGAGGAGUUCCCCAGGGAGCUGGAGUCCUUGGUCUCCUUCCCUGCCGACUUCUUCAAGCCACCUGAGAAAAAAGAAGGUCCCGUGGUGAGGCCGGCUGGCCGGAGGACCACUCCGCAGAUGGUGCACCUGGAGCCCAGCACUGAGAGACAGGCCCCGUUCAGCAGGCGGAAGAGACACCCGGAUGACCCCGGCCAGUUCGCCAUUGCCCUGGUCAUUGUUUACCGGACGCUGGGGCAGCUCCUGCCUGAGCACUACGACCCUGAUCGCCGCAGCCUCCGGCUCCCUAACAGGCCCGUCAUUAACACCCCGGUGGUGAGCGCCCUGGUGUACAGCGAGGGGGCUCCGCUCCCGAGCCCUCUGGAGAGGCCCUUCCUGGUGGAGUUUGCCCUCCUGGAGACAGAGGAGCGAACCAAGCCUGUCUGCGUGUUCUGGAACCACUCCCUUGCCAUUGGUGGGACUGGAGGGUGGUCAGCCAAGGGCUGCGAGCUUCUGUCCAGGAACCGGACGCACGUCAUGUGCCAGUGCAGCCAUGCGGCCAGCUUCGCGGUGCUCAUGGAUGUCUCCAGGCGUGAGCACGGGGAAGUCCUGCCCCUGAAGAUCAUCACCUAUGCCUCUGUGUCCUUAUCGCUGGUGGCCCUGCUGGUGGCCUUUGUCCUCCUUGCCCUGGUCCGGACACUGCGCUCCAACCUGCACAGCAUCCACAAGAACCUCAUUGGGGCGCUCUUCUUCUCCCAGCUGAUCUUCGUGAUCGGGAUCAGCCAGACAGAAAACCCGUUCCUGUGCACAGUGGUCGCCAUCCUCCUGCACUAUGUCUACAUGAGCACCUUCGCCUGGACCCUGGUGGAGAGCCUGCAUGUCUACCGCAUGCUGACCGAGGUGCGCAACAUCGACGCGGGACCCAUGAGGUUCUACUAUGUCGUGGGCUGGGGCAUCCCCGCCAUCAUCACAGGACUCGCGGUUGGCCUGGAUCCCCAGGGCUAUGGAAACCCUGACUUCUGCUGGCUCUCCCUUCGUGACACCUUGAUUUGGAGCUUUGCUGGACCCAUCGGAGCAGUUAUAAUUAUCAACACAGUCAUUUUUGUCCUAUCUGCAAAAGUUUCCUGCCAAAGAAAGCACCAUUAUUAUGAAAGAAAAGGGAUUGUCUCCCUGCUGAGGACGGCUUUCCUCCUGCUGCUGCUCGUCAGCGCCACCUGGCUGCUGGGGCUGCUGGCGGUGAACAGCGACGUGCUGAGCUUUCACUACCUCUUUGCCAUCUUCAGCUGCCUACAGGGCCUCUUUGUCCUCCUCUUCCACUGUGUGUUCAACCGGGAGGUCCGGAAGCACCUGAAGGGGGUGCUCACUGGGAAGAAGCCGCACCUGGACGACUCAGCCACCACCAGGGCCACCCUGCUGACGCGCUCCCUCAACUGCAACAACACGUUCAGCGAGGGCCCUGACAUGCUGCGCACGGCCCUGGGCGAGUCCACCGCCUCACUGGACAGCACCAUCAGGGACGAAGGGGUCCAGAAGCUCAGUGUAUCCUCUGGGCCUGCGCGGGGUGGCCACGGAGAGCCAGAUUCGUCCUUCAACCCUCGGAGCACCAAGAAGCCCCAUGGUCACGAUUCAGACUCAGACAGCGAGCUGUCCCUGGACGAGCAGAGCAGUUCGUAUGCCUCUACACACUCCUCGGACAGCGAGGAUGAUGGGGUCGAGGCUGAAGACAAAUGGAAUCCAGCCCGGGGCCCCGUCCACAGCACCCCCAAAGCAGACACUGCAACCAACCACAUCCCAGACGGCUGGCCCAACGAGAGCCUGGCAGGCAGUGACAGUGAGGAACCGGGCGGCCAGCCACACCUGAAGGUGGAGACCAGGGUCAGCGUGGAGCUGCACCGGGAGGAACAUGGCAAUCACUGCGGCAACCACCCCCCAGACGCGGAGAGCGGGGGCCCGGGCAAGCCCCCAGAGCAGAGGAAAGGCAUCUUAAAAAACAAAGUAACCUACCCGCCGCCACUGACGGAACAGACACUGAAGGGCCGGCUCCGGGAGAAGCUGGUGGACUGUGAACAGAGCCCCUCGUCAUCAAGGACGUCCUCCCUGGGCUCCGGCGGCCCCGACUGUGCCAUCACUGUCAAGAGCCCGCGGCGAGAGCCUGGGCGCGAGCACCUCAACGGGGUGGCCAUGAAUGUGUGUACCGGGAGCGCCCAGGCUGCCGGCUCUGACUCGGAGGCAGCUGUGGGCAACACGAGCUUGCCUUCCCUGGAGCCCCUGGGCUGCUGCAUCGUUGAACCCUCGGACCUUGGAGCCCAAGGAGCCAAUGCAUGGAGUAAGGCAGGCCCCGAGUGUGGGGUCCCUGCGGUGGCAGCCCCACGACUGACAGUCCAGACGUGA